UACUGUAGCAUAACCAGUGAAAACGUAAGAUUGCAAUAUGAAGACAGCAGUGGUGUGUCUCAUCGUGGUAAUUGUGGCUUGCGCCAUAAUCCAGGAAUCUGCACAACAAUCUAGUGAAUCUAGUGAAUCUAGUGAAAAUCGUGAUGGAUUAGCUUCUAUACCUACUGCAGCUGAUAAACUUGAUAAACCUGACAAACUUGACAAACUUAAAAAACUUGACAAAUCUGAAAAACUUGACAAAUCUGACAAACUUGAUAAAUCUGACAAACUUGACAAACUUAAAAAACUUGACAAAUCUGAAAAACUUGACAAAUCUGACAAACUUGACAAAUCUGACAAACUUGAUAAAUCUGAUAAACUUGAUGGAUCUCGUAAAUCUGGUGAAUCUAGUGAAUCUAGUGGAUCUAGUGAAUCUAGUGGAUCUAAUGAAUCUGAUAAAUCUGAUCGACUUAGUAGAUCUGGUAGACGUGGUAGAUCUGGUAAACCUAAGGGAGCUGAUAAACGUUCUAACCAAGAAUUUUCACAAAGAUCACAAAGACCAGGACAAGGACAACAACAAGAACGACCAAGAUUACCACAAGAAUCAGUAAGACCAGGAGACCAAAGCCGUCAAGGCCGACGUUUAACGGUGCAAUACACGUGAAGACAUAGAAAAGUCUAAUUUUGGCUGAAGCAAAUGGUACCGAGAUGUUAAAUUUUAUUAGCACCCUACCUAUAUUUACACUAUAUUAACAAAACUAAAAACUUGUGUAGUCCCUGAAAUAAAUAGUAAUAUGCAGCAAAA